AUGGACCAACUCACGCCGCUCCUCGUGGUCGGCGCUGUGACUCUUGCGUUGUUCAUGUGGCGUGGCAGCAGCUGGUAUCUCAAGAUCGACCCUCUCAAAUCGGUUCCAGGUCCAGUUCUCAACAGAUACACACGCCUACCUUUGAAGCUCGCCAUCUGCAUGGGCGAGCGUGCUAACUACAUCGACCGUCUCCACCAGCAGUACGGCCACUUCGUCCGAAUCGCGCCCAACGAAGUUGCGAUAUCAGAGCUCCAAGCCUACAAACGGAUCCAUCGCAGCGGCACAGGAUUUAUGAAAGCAGACUGGUACCCGGAGACCAAUCUUGUGUAUACGGACGACAACGAGAAACUUGGAGUCUUCCAGAUUCAGGAUCCAGCUGAAGCGAGUCGACGGAGGAAGCUAUAUCAUCGUGCGGCGCGUCGACAAGAGCUGCUCGUCUGGGAGUCUGCUGUUGCGCAGGGGGCGGAAGCAGCUGCGAUCAAGAUUCGUGAGGAGCUCAACAAGCACGAAGUCGUGGAUCUCUGGGCAUGGUACCAACUUUUGGCCACAGACUUGAUUGCCCUAGUUGCAUUUGGCAAGUCAUUCGGCUCACUAGAGUCAGGACAGAAAUCAGUGAUGGUACAGGACGUCGAGAAGAUCAUGCUUGUGGUCGGGCUAGGCUACGAAUUUGGAAUUGGUCUCUUACUGCAGUAUAUUCCGAUCCCAGGCAUCGGUAGGGUGAAGAGCAUAUUCUCCCGCAUGGACAAAACAGGACUCGAGGCUGCCCGCACCGCGCGUGAGUCCGGUUCAUCGGGUAUUGCGCGGACAAUGUUCGCCCAAAUGAUUCCCUCGGAGCAUGAGGGCUCAGAGCCGCCACUCUCGGACUCAAUAGUAGCGCAAGAAGCUGUGCAGGAUAUCGUCGCGGGCAGCGACACUACGCUGGCGGCUGUGGCUUACAUCAUUUAUGGUGUCUUACGCUCUCCAACAGUCAAAAGGAAGUUGAUUGAAGAGCUGCGCACGUGCUCGGCUAGUCCCGGAUUGGCAGAGCUGGAGUCCAAGCAGUACCUGUCGCACGUCAUUGAUGAGGGCAUGAGGCUGUAUCCGCCAGUACCGUCCAGCUUGCCGAGGAAGGUGCCGGCUGGCGGUGCGACCUUCGGAGAGUACACAUUACCAGCUGGCUGUGUUGUCUCCUGCCAGGCAUUGACAAUGCACCGCGAUCCGCAAGUCUUCGCCAGCCCCGAUGACUUUGUGCCGGAGCGGUGGAAAAGCGCCACGAGUCUGAUGAAAGAUCACUUCAUGCCAUUUGGCGGAAGUAUGAGGUCAUGCGUUGGCAUGAACCUUGCUAAAAUGGAAGUUCUCUUCAUCAUUGAAGCAUUCUUUCGGCAUUGUCCUGACGUCGAGCUGGCACCAAGUGCUGACGAGACGUCCAUGCGAAGGAAGGACUACUUCACAGCGAAGCCCGCUGGUGGCAAAUUGGAAGUUGUUGUGCAAAGGCGCUAG